AUGCCGGACGCCGCCGCCGCCUGCGACUCGUGCCGCGCGGAGCGCGCGCUGCUGCACUGCCGGCAGCACGACGCCCGCCUCUGCCUGACCUGCGACCUCGCCGCGCACCGGCACGCGCACGACCACCAGCGCGCGCCGCUCUGCGACGGCUGCCACGCCGCGCCCGCCGUCGCGCGCUCCGACGCCGGCCCCUUCUGCGAGGCCUGCGCGCGCGACGGCGAGCGCCAGUGCCGCCGCACCGCCGCCACGUACACCGGCGUUCCCAACCAGGCCGAGAUGGCACGCAUCCUCGACGCGCCGCUGCCGUCGCCGUCACCGCCGCCGCCGCCGGUGACCGAGGAGGCGUGGAUCGACGACGCGCUCCUAUUGCCGUACGACAACUAUCCCGAGGUGUUAAACUCCAUGAUGUUCCAAGAUUCGAAUACUGGCAUGGGUAAAGAGACGAUGACAGGAACCACAACAGCAGGAGAAGAAGCUUUACUGAUUGACAACGCGAAUCAGCCAGAUUACUUUCAAGCCUGGACCAACUCGUUCGAUUCAGUCGCACUAAUGGAACCAGGCGCAUUGCAAGAACCUUCUUAUUUCGAUUUGGAACCUUCUUAUCUCAAUUUCGAAUCCUGUUUGCUGGGCACUGAUCAGCAAAUGGCAUCCUCUAUGCAACCAGAUUCUGCUGAUCUUCUGCAACCUCUGAACAUGAGUGACACACCAUAUGUUCAGUUGCCAAUGAUGGACACAAACCUCAACAACGAUAUAGGAGCAACCCCAUUGCCUUCAAACCUCGUAGAGCUCAUACCGCAACCAGAUGUCAGUCUUCUGCAGCCACUGACCAUGAACGACACUCUGCAACCACUGACCAUGAACGAAACGACCUAUGAUCAAUUGCCGAUGAUAGACACAAACACAAGCAACGAUGCAAGUUCAGAUUUUACCUGUGCAAAUUUCCAGAGCUCCAGCACGAGCUUGCUGCCUGGCGGGAACAGCUGCCAAGAUCAACAAGCCCAUUGUGUUGAGUUGCCGAAGAAACCUUGCCCUGACCCAGAGCAGAGACAGCGAGCUGUGCAGAGAUACAAGCAAAAAAGGAACAACAGGAGGUUCGUCAAGCAGAUAAUGUACGCCUCCCGAAAGGCCACAGCAGAUACUCGAAGGCGUGUGAGAGGCAGGUUUGUGAAAGCCUCAUUGGAGCAGGGCAGCAACUCUAAUGACAAUAAGCAACCAAACCAUGAACCAGAUUAAUCCUAUUCUUUCCUUAUUUAUUUAUUUUAGACCGUCCUCCUUAUUUAGAGUGCAUAUAUACAGGGUUAGAGGUACAAAGAAUUCAACUACUUUUUUAGGACUGUAUCCCAACAUGGAGAACUUUAGAUUUUUUUUUUCUUUAGAUUUUUCUUUUGCUUGGAGAAAUUUAGAGUUUUUUUCUUUAGAUUUUCUUGCUAGAACAAAUGUAGGGUUCUCUUUUGUAAGCAUACCAAUUUUGCCUAGAUGAGCCUCUUUUGCCUUUUUUUUUUGUUUAAUUGAUGUCAAAAUUUUGACACUCAUAUCCUCUUAUAUUAUAAUAAAUGAAA